AUAAGAUCCAACAAAAAGUAUCCCACAAGGAAUGUCCGCUGCUUCGUACAAGAAAAUAUUACAGAGCACAUAUACAUGUACUGUAAAGAAUUAGACAACGAAGUCAGAAGCUUUACUGACCAAUGAUGGGGUUGACGGGGAGACAGACCGUUGUUCUGACCAGCCUUUAUCUCAGUUAUGUCCUCUAUGUUUAUGUACGACGGUCAUUCUCCUUUGCCAUGCCUACAGUAUCAGAGACAGUCAAGCUCGACAAGAGUCAGUUAGGUAUGAUACUUAGCAGCCAGUCACUUGCCUAUACCAUUAGUAAGUUUGUCUGUGGUAUUCUGGUGGACAUUGUCAGCCCAAAUGUUUUAUUAUCAGGGGGACUGAUUUUGUCUGGCUUCACAGCGAUAUGUUUCACAACGACCACAUCUGCUGUGAUGAUGAGUGUGAUAUGGUUUAUGAAUGGACUUUCCCAGGGACCAGGUUGGCCAGCUUUGGCCAUGAGCCUUAAACAUGUGUGUGCCCCAGAACAGUUUGGGACUGCCUGGAGUAUAAUAUCUACAUCCUUGAAUGUGGCUGGAAUGGUUGGACCUGUGCUGACCACAGUACUGAUUGCCCAGUCCAGCUGGCAGAAGUGUAUACAGCUUGCAGGAGUCACAUCUAUUGUUUUUGGUUGUGUUGCAUUUUUCUUGGUACGGACUAAACAAGACAACCACCCUGUAAAACCAGAAUCAUGUAAUAACCAUGACGAGUCUUCAACAGUUGAAGGUGAGGACAUGACAAGAUGGCAGCUACUUUUCCUACCUGGCUUCCUGGGACUCUGUCUAAGCAUGAUGGCUACAUCUGUUGUUCAGUACAGCACACUGAACUGGACACAACUUUACAUUGUUCAGGAGAAAGGAAUGACUCCAAUGUUAGGCAGUGCCUUUGUGAGCAGCCAGGAACUUGGAGGGAUUGUUGGGUCUUUUGCUGUGGGAUUUCUGUCAGAUUUUCUUAUUACUAAGAACCCCAGAAUAGCUAGACAUUUGGUGAGACAGGCAGUUGUAAUGUAUUUCAUGCUGUUCCUCACUGGAGUAUUAUACUGGAUUACUUUCAAUCUGACAUCUUCCACCUCACAGCUAAUGGUUGCUGUUAUGGGUUUCUGUGCUGGAUUUGGUGUCUAUGGUCCUGUAGCUAUAUCUGGUGUCAUAGCUAUGGAGAGUGGACCAGAAAAUAGGGCUGGGACUUUACAUGCAAUAUUUGGACUUUUUUCAAGCAGUGGUCUUUUCCUCGCGGGACUACCUCUCAGCUAUAUUGCUAAACUUUACGAUUGGCAGACGGUGUUUCUACUUUUAAGCACUCUGAUGACCAUGACAUUUUUAUAUUUUCUUAUCAAACUACGUUCAGCAUUUAAAUCAUCCAAUCAAAACUUGUUUUACAUAUUUUGAACAAUUCUAUUUCAUGCUGUUGUCACUAUUAUUCAAGAAUUUACAUACAUUUGUUAUCUGGGCGUUGUAUUGUUACUGGAAUAUAAAACUGUU